AAUAAGUUGAUAGAAUACCCAAUUGAUAAUUACUGAAUGUACAUAGUGAAUACAUCUAAAAAUGUCGGAAGAAACAAUUAUGUAUAUGAAUGAUCAGAUAAUUAAGAUUGAACCGCCAGAAUAUUCAAUAGAAGACAUUAAGUGCGAAAUUGAUGAUGAAUUUAAUUAUGUAGAUGGUAUUGCUAAGUCUGAAUCGUAUUUUGAGGAUGAUAAAACGUCUCUGGAAAGAUUUAUGAAUUCCGAGGUGACGAUAGAGGAAGAAGUCAAACAGGAGGUAAUUGUGACACCAGUUUAUAAUUGUGACACUUGUAAUAGAACAUUUUCAGAAUCACUUCACUUAGAAGAACAUAUGAUCGAACACAUGGAACUAUUAAAAGGGUUUAAAUGUGAAAUAUGUUCUAGAGUUUAUAGCAGGGCACAUUAUUUAAAGCAACACUUGCAUACUCAUGCCAGCGAGAAACCUUUUAAAUGUGAAAUAUGCGGUAAAUCAUUCAUAGUAUUAGCUUCACUAAGAACACACUUGAUUAUUCAUAGUGGGGAACGCCCCCACAUAUGCGAAAUAUGCAAUAGAACAUUCACUCAAUCAUGUAAUCUGAAACGUCACAUGCAGAUUCAUAGUGGCAAUCGCCCCCACAAAUGCCAAAUAUGCAAUAAAACAUUUACACAAUUGGUUAAUCUAAAAACACACAUAAACAUUCAUUCUGGAGAGUGUCCUUAUAAAUGCGAAACAUGUGAUAAAGAAUUCCAUUCGACAAGUGGUUUAGCAACACAUAGACGAAUACAUACUGGAGAACGACCCUACAAAUGCAAACUAUGCAAUAAGUCAUUUAGAGAAUCAGUAGCUAUGAAAAGACACACGCUCAUACAUUCCAGGGUUCGUGGUCAUAAAUGUGAAAUAUGCAGUAAAUCAUUCACAUUCCUACAUUCUCUAAACUCACACUUUCUUAUUCAUACCGGAGAACGUCCGCACGAAUGCGAAAUAUGCAAUAAGACAUUUACACAGUUAAGUACUCUGAAAGCUCACAUGGGCAUUCAUUAUGAAAAUCUUUCUUAUAAAUGUGAAAUAUGCAAUAAAAAAUAUACUCGGGCGCGUAAUUUGAAAAAGCACAUGGCUGUUCAUAAAGGAAAACCUGAUGAAAAUCAAUGAAAUGUUAAUUAGC